CUGUGAUAGUGAUAAUCAAGUUUCAAUGUCCAGGAGGAGAAUAAUAAACCGUUUAAACGUGAUAAUAAAAUAUCAAAAUUAAAUUUAAAAGAAAUAGGUUAUAAUGUUAUAGCAAAUGCACUUCUUGAUAACAGUGGAAUCUAAAUACUUAUCUUGUAAAAUAAAUAUACUUUACAUACGUUAAAUAAUAGUAGUAGAGAACAAUUUUAUUUCUACUAACUUAUUAAGAGUUGAGUAAGUAAAAACUCAUAGGCAGAAGCUAAGACGUAAUUACUUGUUUAAACUAAGUCUAAUAAUAGUAACUUCUUAAUAAGCCAUCUGCUUGAUUGCCAGGCGGAGUAGUAGCACGGUGAAUGUGUUCAAAAGAAUAAAAUUUAAUCUCUACACCUAUUUUUAUCACUACUACCAUACUUUUACAAACUAGCUGUUAUUCGUCAUUAAUUUACUACUGCCUGCAUUUGACUCCUUGGUGGUUGAUUUAUUUCAAGUCAAUAAGUAUAAUAAUAUUCUUAUUAAUGAUUAUGACCAGUGUGGCAUUACUAGAGUUAGAGCCAUCCAAUGCGGUAAACUAAUGGUGUCACACCCCUCCCCCCUUUUUACACCAAGGAUCCCCUGUUGGGAUGAUACCCUGUUCUGGUGACAACCUGCUCUGGUGGAAGCCUGGUUUGAUGACACCUGCUAUGGUGGCACCGUUUUCUCGCUGUGAACAGUUUUGGUUCUUUUGUAUAACUUGAUCUGCUAUGAAACUGACAUGAGCAAGCACUGUCAAAUUUGCGAUUUUCCAUUUGGCUUCAACCCCUGGUAGGGUGUCAACCAGUGCGAUCUGCAAAUCCUAGUGACACUAAUGAUAAUGGCCAUUCCUUGGAUGCCUAUAUGUUACAAGUGAACUGUGAAAUUUGAAUGUCUGCCUAAGACCAGUGUUUCCUAACUCACAUUCCUACAAAUUGUUUGACUGUCUCAUACUGGUACCCAUUAAAAGAGUAUCAAUGCAUUAUAAAAUUAGAAGGGAAAAAAAAACAGACUUACAUUACUUAUUAUAUUUUGUAUCAAAUGUAACCAAAUGAAAUCAUAUUUGUAUUUUCAGACCCUACUUUGAUUCAUCAAUGGUCUUUAUAAGCUGAUGAUGGCGGAGCUAGAUGCCGAACUUCAUUCCAUGCUAUUAUACUACGGCAUUCCCUCAAUAAUUCUAUGUUACAUAGUAUAUCAAACAUUCAGUUUGAGAAGAGCAAAACUUAGGGUUGAAGCAUUCUUUUUUAAUCUUAUUUGUGGAUGGGUUCACAGAAAAUUUUGCAAUAAAGAGAAGACAUUACUGUUUGAUCAACUUCAACAUUUAAAACAACAGUCACCCAACAGAACUUUUAAAGUUUUGGAAAUAGGUGUUGGAAGUGGUAUGAACUUCAAAUAUUAUCCUAGAGGGACAGAAGUAACAUGUGUUGAUCCCAAUCCCUUUCAUGAGCAGUACGUGAUUAAGAAUUUGAGAAAAGCUCAAAAAAACUUAAAACUUGUCAGUUUUAUCAAAGGAUUUGCAGAGAAUAUGCCACAGGUGGAAAGCAAUGCAUAUGACGUUGUCUUAUGCACACUGACACUCUGUUCUGUUCGACAACCAGCAGCAGUUCUUCAAGAGGUUAAACGCGUUCUGAAACCAGUAAGUAUUUUUAUGAUUAUAUAUAUUUUUCUGCAUUUUAAAAAUUAAACAUUUAUUUUUAAGAAUUAAUAGCAAGAGGCAAUGAAUAUGAACAUUCUGACAAAAUGUGUUCAAAUAUCAAUCAAUACCUUUAGUCUUGCAAUGACUGAAUGAGCUCUGAAACUAUUUAAAUACCAUAUAUCUAAUCAUCCUAAUUCCUAAAACUACCAGACAAAAGGAACUUUUGUGAUCAACUCUGAAUCUGUAGAUUUAAAAAAAAAAAUUGUUUAUACAAAAACAUUUUACAUUAUCAAAUUUCUGGGUUUUUUUUAAUGCUAAUAAUUAUAAUUGUUCCUUAACAGAAUAUAAUGAUGAUUUUAUUUAAAGAACAUUCUUGUAAUCCAGUUCAGUAGGAUGUUUGUUAAAAAUGUAAAGCUUGCAACAGGAAGAUAAUGAUAAAGCAACAACAAGUGCAUUUUAGUUUUAAAAUUAUGACCUGUUAAGAUGUGCAUUGAUUUAAUAUUUUUAAAAAUUGUAAUACUUUUUUUCUUUCCUAUUCCUAGGGAGGAGCAUUUUUUUAUUUGGAACAUGUUGCUGCACAGAAGGGGUCCUUCAUUCGAAGGGUACAAGACAAACUCCAAUAUAUUUGGCCCAAAUUCAGUGGUGGUUGUAAUAUUAACAGGGAGACAUGGACAUUUUUGGAUAAAUCAGGAUUUACAUAUGUUGAUUACAGUCAUUACUCUGUCAAUACUUGGUUGGCUUUCUUUGCUAGGCCUUGCUUGUAUGGAUCAGCAACAAAAUAAAAUAAAUUUUCAUAGCAUUUAAAUUAUGUGGGAAUUAGUAAUUUGAUAUCUCUUAUUUCAAAUGACUAAAGUGCAUUCCAUUCAGAUGAUUCAAAUUAAUUAAUUAUAUUUUGCAAUGCAG